UGGGACCUUUAAACUGAGAUUGCAAGCUAUAGAGAAAGAAGAGAGAGGCGCUUGCUUCUGUACCAAGGAGAAGCUAUAUUUACCAUCUCCCCCCCUGACAGUGAAUGCAGCACUCCGACCUCUGCGUCAUUGUCGUUUGAUUGUGGGAGUUGUAGUCUAUUUAACUAGAUAUCUCUCGUAUUGUGUGCGGUGUGAAACUACAAGUCCCAGAUCCCCACAAUGCGGAAGGAAGUAGCGCAACAAAAACACAGUGAGGCUUGCAGCAGCAGCACCAAGAGAGAGCCGAGAAGAUGUCUCAUGUCCUUAAGAAAAGAAAACUGGAUAAAACCCGACAGGAGCGCCUGUACUUCGACAGCUACACCGAUGUGACCAUCCACGAGGAGAUGAUAGCGGACCAGGUGCGCACCAACGCGUACCGCAUGGCCAUCCUGAGGAACAGCGAGUCCAUACGGGGUAAAGUGGUGCUGGACGUCGGAGCCGGAACCGGCGUGCUGAGCAUGUUCUGUGUUCAAGCCGGAGCGAAGAAGGUGUACGCCGUGGAGGCUUGUUCCAUAGCGGAGCAGGCGGUGAGCAUAGUGAAGCACAACGACAUGGAGGACCGGAUAGAGGUGAUUAGAGGCACGGUGGAGACGGUGGACCUACCGGAGAUGGUGGAGGUGAUAGUGAGCGAGUGGAUGGGCUAUGCUCUGCUCCAUGAGUCCAUGCUCAACUCGGUGCUCUACGCCCGGGACAAGUGGCUGAAGCCCGGCGGUGUUAUCCUGCCAAGCAAAGCCGAGCUGUACGUCGCUCCCAUCAGCGACCCGGUGGUGGAGGACCGCUUAAACUUCUGGUACACUGUCAAAGACCAGUACGGUGUGGACAUGUCCUGCAUGUCCGAUUUUGCCAGAAGGUGCAUCAUGAACUCGGACAUCACGGUGAACUCGGUGACCGUGGAGGAUGUGCUCUCACACCCGGCCCGCUUCGCAGAGCUCGACCUGUACUCGGUCACCGUGGAGGAGCUGCGGUCCGUGAAGGGGAAGUUCCGGUGCGAGUCGUUCGGCUCGGCGGCCGUGAACGCGUUUUGUGUCUACUUCACGGUCACCUUCCCGUGUCCUCCUGGGGACAAGCCGCAGCCGCAGUCCCCGGUGGUGCUGUCCACGUCCCCGUUCAAGCCGGAGACGCACUGGAAGCAGGCGGUGCUCUACCUCGACUCCCCGGUGGACGUGGUGCAAGACACGGUGGUUACCGGAGAGAUCAGCAUGUUCCCCUCGGAGCAGAGCGCCAGACAUAUAUGUAUUCAUGUAGACUACACGAUAGGAGAGCACAAGAGACAGUCCAAGACUUUCUCCAUCCCUGACUGGAGCAGUGAAGCUCACUCAUAGUCUUAAUCACCAUGAAAACACACUCAAAGGCCUGAACCCCUGUGUUAUUAUUACCUGCUCACUGUGAGGUCUGGAGGGAGUGGAGCAAUGACUGUAUUUGUGACCAGUGUGGUAAAUAAUCCAGAUCUAAACAUACAUACAUGCUCAUACAAAGUUAGGUUUGGACCCAUCUCUCUAGGUCAGAGGUCAGCAACCUGCAGCUCCGGAGCCACAUGCGGCUCUUUUUAGCCCCUCUCCAGUGGCUCCCUGUGGAUUUAUAAAAAUGGAAAUGAAUAAAUGUUUUUUGUUUA